UAGUUUUGACAACUAAAGUCAUGAAAGCAAAGGAAGACAAGGCCGUAGUGAGAGAGAGAUAAUUAUGUUGAUAACGGUAAGAGAAGCUUCUUCUUCUUCUCCGCUUUGCUUCUCUUCCAUUUCUCAUGUAAAUCCCAAGUCCUCUCCGAGGCUGAAAACUUCUCUCUGUCGGGCUAGUUUGUCAGUUCAGAGAAAACCUCUCUCCGCCAAGUCAUGGAACUUGGGCCUUCUCUCCCACAGCUCUGAAGGCUCAGUUUUUGAUCCCUUGGGUAUCAAUUCAGAUGUAUCUUCUGGUCUAAGUGCGACAUGGGAAAGUUUUAUUGGCUUAUUCUCACAAACAUUUGAGAGUGCUUCUGGUACAAGAAAUGAGAAGUCUUCAGCUCGAGGGGUGGCUGCAUCAAUUGAGGAUAGUUCCAUUGAUUUUGGGGACUUCUUCAAAGGCCCACUUCCGGGGAAGUUUCUCAAGCUUUUAGGAUAUUUGGCCCUCUCCCGACUGGGAAUAUACAUACCUCUUGGUGGGGUUAAUCGAGAUGCUUUUGUAGGAAAUUUGGAUCAGAAUAGUUUAUUGAGCACUUUAGAUUCUUUUUCUGGGGGAGGCAUUGGUAGACUUGGGAUUUGCUCUCUUGGUAUUGUUCCCUUCAUCAAUGCACAAAUCGUCUUCCAACUUCUUGCACAGAUCUAUCCGAAAUUACAGGAUCUUCAAAAAAGAGAAGGUGAAGCAGGAAGAAAGAAAAUUCUUCAGUAUACUCGAUAUGCUUCUGUUGGGUUUGCCAUAGUACAGGCGAUUGGCCAAGUGCUCUACCUUCGUCCUUAUGUAAAUGACUUCAGUACACAAUGGGUUCUCUCUUCUGUUACCUUAUUGACACUUGGCUCAGUGCUAACGACGUACAUUGGGGAACGAAUCUCGGACCUUAAACUUGGAAAUGGUACAUCUCUUUUGAUAUUCACAAGCAUUAUCUCCUACUUGCCAGCAUCGUUUGGUCGAACUGUUGCACAGGCUCUUAAUGAUGGCAACUAUGUUGGACUCGCCGUCAUCGUUAUCUCCUUCUUUCUGUUAGUCUUUGGAAUCGUAUAUGUCCAGGAAGCAGAGAGGAAAAUUCCACUCAACUAUGCCUCAAGAUACAGCAGUAGAAGUGGAGGGCUGCAAAGAUCCGCUUACCUUCCCUUUAAGGUAAAUAGUUCCGGAGUGAUGCCAAUUAUAUUCUCUACAUCAUCUUUAGCACUUCCUGGUACACUGGCACGCUUUACUGGUUUAGCUGCAUUGAAGAACGCUGCAUUGGCUUUAUAUCCUGGGG